AUGCUUCAGUAGAUUUUGUUUUCAUCUUGUUUGCAAAUUGAUUUACUUUUAAUUGUUGAUUAGGUCGAUUUUUCUUUGUUAAAUUUACAUUUGUUCUCUUUUAUGGUGACUCAUUUUCUCAAUUAGACUGUGUUGAUCUCUUUUUCUCCAUCAAAAUGAAUACUUUUCUCGCUCGAACCAAUGCUGUGUUUGCUUUCGCUUUAAGCAUCUUGGCUGCUUUGACAUUUUUCUGUGCGAUGUCAACAUCUUACAAGAAAUAUGGUGAUCUAGUUCCGAUUAGAAUUUCAACUUCCCGAGAAUCUGUUCGUAAUUUACCCAACUACCAGGCUGGAAGGGAAACCUGUGACCUGGGGAUGCUUAACUUUGACAUGGACGCCGAUUUUAGUCAAGCCUUUGAUUGGAACACCAAACAACUUUUCCUUUAUCUUACUGCUCAUUAUACGACACCGGCUAAUGUUGUUAAUCAAGUUGUUCUUUGGGAUCACAUUUUAUUACGUUCACAGAAUUCAAAGUUAUCGCUAAAGAAUCAUAAUGUUAAAUACUAUUUCUGGGAUGAUGGUCAUGGGCUUAAGAAUAAUCCAAAUGUUACCCUUACCCUUUCCAUGAAUGUUAUUCCAAAUGCUGGAAUGUUACCGAUUUUCUCUGUACCCAAAACUCAUACAUUCUCGUUUCCUUCAAGUUAUACCCAUUAAUCGAUUAGUCAAUUAACUUAUUUGCAAUUUUGUUUCUUUUCUCUAUCUUCCAUUUUCCAAUUAAUCUCAUCUUCAGAUUGUAUCAUCUAUUUUGUAACGAGAAGAAAAGCAAAAUUAGGAAGAAUAAAUUUUUACCCUUAACUACA